CAGCAUCGCUGCCGCGCCAUUUUGCCGGGGUUUGAAUGUGAGGCGGAGCGGCAGACUAAGCGGUUAGUAUUGGCUACAGUCCGUGAUUGCAACUCCCUUCUCAGUGCCCGUCUCUCCAUGAGGUUCUGUAGCAAUGGAGCUCAGUGAUGCAAACUUGCAAACACUGACAGAAUAUUUAAAGAAAACCCUUGAUCCUGAUCCUGCCAUCAGACGUCCAGCUGAGAAGUUUCUUGAAUCUGUAGAAGGAAACCAGAAUUAUCCACUGUUGCUAUUAACAUUAUUGGAAAAGUCUCAAGAUAAUGUCAUCAAAGUGUGUGCUUCAGUAACAUUCAAGAACUAUAUUAAAAGGAACUGGAGAAUUGUUGAAGAUGAACCAAACAAAAUUUGUGAAGCUGAUCGAGUAGCUAUUAAAGGCAACAUAGUGCACUUGAUGCUGAGCAGCCCAGAACAGAUGCAGAAGCAGCUAAGUGAUGCCAUAAGCAUUAUUGGCAGAGAAGAUUUCCCUCAGAAAUGGCCUGACCUGUUAACAGAGAUGGUGAAUCGCUUUCAGACUGGAGAUUUUCAUGUUAUCAAUGGGGUCCUUCGUACUGCACAUUCAUUAUUUAAAAGAUACCGCCAUGAAUUUAAGUCAAAUGAGUUAUGGACAGAGAUCAAGCUUGUUCUGGAUGCCUUUGCCUUGCCUUUAACUAAUCUAUUUAAGGCUACUAUUGAACUCUGCAGUACCCAUGCAAAUGAUGUCUCUGCCCUGAGAAUUCUUUUUUCUUCCCUGAUUCUGAUCUCAAAACUAUUCUAUAGUUUAAACUUUCAGGAUCUUCCUGAAUUUUUUGAAGAUAAUAUGGAAACUUGGAUGAACAACUUUCAUACCCUCUUGACAUUAGAUAAUAAACUUUUACAAACAGAUGAUGAAGAGGAAGCAGGUUUAUUGGAGCUUUUAAAAUCUCAGAUUUGUGAUAACGCUGCACUCUAUGCACAGAAGUAUGAUGAAGAAUUUCAGCGGUACUUGCCUCGUUUCGUCACAGCUAUCUGGAAUUUACUAGUUACAACAGGCCAGGAGGUUAAAUAUGAUUUGUUGGUAAGUAAUGCUAUCCAAUUUCUGGCGUCAGUUUGUGAGAGACCACAUUAUAAGAAUCUGUUUGAGGACCAGAACACGCUGACAAGUAUCUGUGAAAAGGUUAUUGUGCCUAACAUGGAAUUUAGAGCUGCUGAUGAGGAAGCGUUUGAAGAUAAUUCUGAGGAAUAUAUCAGAAGAGAUUUGGAAGGAUCUGAUAUUGAUACUAGACGCAGGGCUGCUUGUGAUCUUGUACGAGGAUUGUGCAAGUUUUUUGAGGGACCCGUCACUGGAAUCUUCUCCGGUUAUGUUAAUUCCAUGCUGCAGGAAUAUGCAAAAAAUCCAUCUGUGAACUGGAAGCACAAAGAUGCAGCCAUUUACCUGGUGACAUCUUUAGCAUCAAAAGCCCAAACACAGAAGCAUGGGAUUACGCAAGCAAAUGAACUUGUAAACCUAACUGAGUUCUUCGUGAAUCACAUUCUCCCUGAUUUAAAAUCAGCUAAUGUGAAUGAAUUUCCUGUGCUUAAAGCUGAUGGCAUCAAAUAUAUUAUGAUUUUUAGAAACCAAGUACCAAAAGAGCAUAUUUUGGUCUCUAUCCCUCUUUUGAUAAAUCAUCUUCAAGCUGAAAGUGUGGUUGUUCACACGUACGCAGCUCAUGCUCUGGAACGGCUCUUCACUAUGCGAGGCCCUAACAACGCCGCUCUCUUUACAGCUGCAGAAAUUGCACCGUUUGUUGAGAUUCUGCUAACAAACCUUUUCAAAGCUCUCACACUUCCUGGCUCUUCAGAAAAUGAAUAUAUUAUGAAAGCUAUCAUGAGGAGUUUCUCCCUCCUUCAGGAAGCCAUAAUCCCCUACAUCCCAACGAUCAUCACUCAGCUAACCCAGAAGCUGUUAGCUGUUAGUAAGAAUCCAAGCAAACCUCACUUUAAUCACUACAUGUUCGAAGCAAUAUGUUUAUCCAUAAGAAUAACUUGUAAAGCUAACCCUGCUGCUGUUGUCAAUUUUGAGGAGGCUUUGUUUUUGGUGUUCACUGAAAUUUUACAAAAUGAUGUACAAGAAUUUAUUCCCUAUGUCUUUCAAGUGAUGUCAUUGCUUCUGGAAACACAUAAAAAUGACAUCCCAUCAUCCUACAUGGCCUUAUUUCCUCACCUCCUUCAGCCGGUGCUUUGGGAAAGAACAGGGAACAUCCCUGCACUGGUCAGACUUCUCCAGGCCUUCCUAGAGCGUGGCUCAAACACCAUAGCAAGUGCUGCAGCCGACAAAAUUCCUGGGUUAUUAGGUGUCUUCCAGAAGCUGAUUGCAUCAAAAGCAAAUGACCACCAAGGUUUUUAUCUUCUAAACAGUAUAAUAGAGCACAUGCCUCCUGAGUCAGUUGACCAAUACAGGAAGCAAAUAUUUAUUCUGCUAUUCCAAAGACUUCAGAAUUCCAAAACAACAAAGUUUAUCAAGAGUUUCUUAGUGUUUAUUAAUUUGUAUUGCAUCAAAUAUGGAGCAUUAGCGUUACAGGAAAUAUUUGAUGGUAUACAACCAAAAAUGUUUGGAAUGGUUUUGGAGAAAAUCAUUAUUCCUGAAAUUCAGAAGGUGUCUGGAAAUGUAGAGAAAAAGAUCUGUGCUGUUGGCAUAACCAAAUUGCUGACAGAAUGUCCCCCACUGAUGGACGCUGAGUAUACUAAGCUAUGGACUCCUUUAUUACAAUCACUGAUUGGUCUAUUUGAGUUACCUGAAGAUGCCACUACUCCUGACGAGGAGCAUUUCAUUGACAUUGAAGAUACUCCAGGCUACCAGACAGCCUUCUCACAGUUGGCGUUUGCUGGGAAGAAAGAGCAUGAUCCUGUAGGUCAAAUGGUGCACAACCCCAAAAUCCACCUGGCCCAGUCACUUCAUAAGUUGUCUACUGCCUGUCCUGGAAGGGUCCCAUCGAUGGUGAGCACCAGCCUCAACGCAGAAGCUCUUCAGUAUCUUCAAGGAUACCUUCAGGCAGCCAGUGUGACACUUCUCUGAACUGCAUUUUUCUAACAGGCUACCAUGCCCGACGGUUUCUGUGGAGAUAGAUGAUGAUGUAGACAUCUGAGCAGAGCUGCAUUAUAACAGCACGUUCACCUUUUCAACUUGUCACAAAAUCCAUCUUGUAAAGGAUAUUAAAUGUUGCUUUAAGCCGAACCUUGAGAAAAUUAGGUGGUUUGUGUGAUGAUAAA